AUGCUUCCCUCCAAUGCUUCCGGGAUGUUUUCCUUUUGUCAAACAGGACCAGCGGACCUGGCGGGUUCGUCCUGGGACGCGACAGUUGAAGGAUCACAGAACUUCCCUGAGCUCGCAGAUGCUGCGGACUACUACACUGGAGAAACCGAGGAUUUCGUUCUUCCCUUUGGCCAGAACACCCCCAAACCGGACCACUUGGAUGCCGCGGAUGACUUUCAGGCCAGGUGGGCUCCUUCCGUCGCAGUCGAGAGCAAGGCUCUGAAGGCGGAGCCCAUGCGGAGAGGGACUUCGCGCAGCUCCACGGGGAGCCACAAGAACAGGAGCACCAAGAUCUCCGCCCAGUCAGUCAAGAAGAACCGGUCAAGAGUCCAGACAAUUCUGUCUCAGACAUCUUCGCAGAUGUCCAAGCUUGACAUGUCAGGUAAUGCUUCGGCCUACGCCCAGGGCCGCAUCAUGGACGUGCCGCAGUAUCUUGCUCAGGACCUGGACACUCUCUCUGUUUCGCCUCAGGUGAACGGCGCUGCCUUCUACCAGGGGCUCGUGGGUUUCGCGGACGGACUUCCCUACACUGGAGACCUCGGCGCUGCCAUGGCCCAGCAUGUGAACCCCCAGAUCUUCGAUGCCGGCCUCAUCGCCGCUUCCCCGCAUUCGUGGGGCUCGCUGAGCCCUGUCGAUUCGCGCUUGUCUUCCCCCGGACUGCAGGACGGCUCAGACGAUGUCUGGUCUGCCGCACAAUCCGCCUCUUCGCCCGGAGACAGCCAGAACUCGAACUCGCCGGUGCUGCCCGGCCAGUCGCCCAGGUUGAGCCGCAAGCUGGAUUCGCAAUAUGUCACCACUGAGGACCUCCACGGAAACAUGAUGCCCGCCAUGGGCGAGGAUGGUUUUGCCCUGCCCCACUCUGCCUUCGGCUCUCGCCGUCUGAGCGGCGAGGGCGAGUCUGCCCGUGACCACUACCUUUACAAGAACGCGUUCCCCCACGCGGACGGCCUCUUCCACUGCCCAUGGGAGGGCCAGGCGAGCUGCAACCACAAGCCCGAGAAGCUCAAGUGCAACUACGACAAAUUCGUGGACUCCCACCUCAAGCCUUACCGCUGCAAGGUUGAGGGCUGCCAAAAUGCCCGGUUUUCUUCUACCGCCUGCCUCCUCCGUCAUGAGCGUGAGGCCCAUGCCAUGCACGGCCACGGAGAGAAGCCUUACCUGUGCACCUACGAGGGCUGUGAACGCUCCAUCGCCGGCCAUGGUUUCCCCCGGCAAUGGAACCUGAGGGACCACAUGAGGCGCGUGCACAACGACAACGGCACCACUGCCCAGCCCGCCUCUCCUCCCCCUUCGGGAGCCACCACGUCGAGGGGACGGAAGAGGAAGAGUGACGCCGCGGAGAAGCAGCACAACCAGGACAAGCCCAGCUCUCGGAAGUCCUCCAAGGCUGCGGCGGAGUCGGCAGCCCAGGCUCAGAAGCAGCCCGAGCCUGUCGCCCACCCCGAGCUUGACCAGUGGUACGAGCACCAGAAGUCGCUCCAGACCUUCCUCCAGGGAUGCGUCCAGCCGGACGAUGCGCAGACUCUCCAGUACAUCAAGGAUGCCCAGGAGCACCUUAACGCCAUGGGAAAGAUCUCGCAUGGCCUCAUCCAGGGAUCGCGCCGCUCGUGGAGGGGUUGA